UCAAAGAGGAGCACAUCGCGCUCAUUCGAAUAGAAACGACCAAAACGAAAAGUGCUAAACGACGAAUGCUCGACAUAACCUGAAUUGUGCAGGAUGAGUGUGCCGAUGGCGUCUACGAAAAAUUAUAUGAACGAAUUGUUUGGGACAGUACUGGUACUGACGGCAUUGUUAUCACCGGCGUCAGCGGUCGACUGUCAUGGGAAAUCCUUCCACUGCGUCAACUCCACCCACUUCAUGAUAUGCGUGGACUUAGGAGGCGGAGUCUCACAGGCAAUCGAUGACUUCUACAUAGCUUGCCCUCCUCCCAACGUUUGUCUAGGAACAAACCACUUUGAAUGCGAGUAUCCAGCACCGACAACACCUGCUACUAUAAGAAGCACCGUCAUUAGUGAAACUACACUCCCGUGGGAGAAUAUCAUAACUUCUUCGUCCUUGGAUAACACAACUAAAGAGUUCUCUGAAAAUUAUGUAAAUACAGAAAGGACUACAACUGUAGAAUACAGUGUUACUACGGAUACCACCGUGGAUGUUACUAUGGAUACCACCGUGAAUGUUACUACAACAGGAGUGACGGACUUUAACAUCAACAAUGAUUUAAAUGCAACAAAAAUUGUACCAACUACGACUGCAGAUAUUAUGACCACACCUCUAGAGAGUGUAAGCAAUGACCGAAAUAUAACAGAAAUAACAAUAACAACGGAAGAUGUUACAACCAGUGUAAUAGAAACUGUAACAGAAUCAACAGUAGAGGUUAGUAAUCGAACUAACACUUAUUUAGGUGGUGUUAGUAAAGAAAGCAAUACGAAUAUAUCUGAUAUACUAGUUGACAAGCAUUCAACUGGCGGUUAUCAUGGUUUUCCUAAAGCUCCGUUACCGCACAAUCAAUAUAAUGUAUCUAGUACAGAUAUUUCCAAACCAUAUCCUACCGAGCUACAUACUCAAACAAAUGGUCAAUCAGACCCCAUUAAGUUAGGAGUUAAUGGAUCAAAUUUUUACAAUAAGACUAAGCAGCCUACUAAUGAAAAAGGAAAAAAUACUCCACCACAAAUUACAGAAGUAAAUGACACCGAUAACAAAACUAAAUCAAAUUUUGGUAUCACAACUAGUACGCAAAAACCGUCAAUAUCUGCAAAUACCCCAGUAUUUCCUGAAGUUAUAGUUACGGCAAGUGGCCCAUUAACUGGUGGAAACGAUGCGAAUCAAACAAAAGAUACUAUGGGUGCUGAAAAUGCUAUAGAUGCAAUUAAUCUAGAUAGAGCAAUUACUACUGAAUCAACAGGGAACGCUCCCAGUUUAGAGCAAACAACAGUUACAUACGAAGGAAACUUUGAUAAAAACUAUAAUCAAAACACUGAACCAGUAAAUCUCGACAUUAAAACUACAGAUACAAUACUAGACAGUAACGUUGAAUUAGUUACGCCUCACGCACCACCACUGAUACAAAGUUCUGCAGGCACACCUACCGUAGACGCGUUUACUAUUGAAACAAUCCAAAAAGUUUCCACUUCUGAGAAUCCUACAACAAUAUACGAAGAAAACUUGAACAAAAACUAUACUCAAAAUACUGAAACAGUAAAUCUCGACAUUAUUACUACAGAGACAAUUCUAGACAAUAACGUUGAAAUACUCACGACUCAAGCACCAUUAGUGAUUCAAGGUUCUGAAGACGCAAUGACUGUAGACGCAUUUACUAUUGGAACAGUUCAAAAAGUUUCCUCGUCUGAGCAUCCUACAACUAUAUACGAAGAAAACUUAAACAAAAAUUAUACUCCAAACACUGAAACAGUAAAUCUCGACAUUACAACUACAGAGACAAUACUAGACAAUAACGUUGAAUUAGUUACAACUGAAGGACCAUCUGCGAUACAAAGUUGGACAGACUCGACGACUGUAGACGCAUUUACUAUUGAAACAGUCGAAAAAGUUUCCAUUGAGCAUCCUACAACGAACGAAUAUACUCAAAAUCUUGCAACAUUAAAUCUCGACAGUGUCACUACAGAGGCUAUGGCUUUAUCUAAUAGUGACGUUCAAUUUGUCACGACUCAAGCCCCAAUUUUGACGCACAGUUCUGCAAACAAUACGACUCUACCCGGAGCAUUUACUACCGAAACAAUCGGUAACGCUCCCUCCCAAAAUAUUGAAUCAGUAAAUGUGGAUAUUAUUACUACAGACGCUAUAGACACACCUUUCAAUAGUGACGUCCAAUUAGUUACAACUGACGCACCACCAGUGACGCAAAAUUCUGUAGAAAAAACGACUGAAGAUGGAGCAUUUACUAAUGAAUUAGCCGAAAAACUACCCAGUUAUGAGAAAUCAAUAGCAGAAAAUGAAGAAAACUUGACAAAAGACUCCACUCAAAUCUCCAUAAAUGUCGACAUUGUAACUACAGAGGCUGUACAUACAACUUUUUUAAAUAGUGAUGUUCAACCAGGAGUGACUCAAGCACUACCAGCAACGCUAAGUAUUGCAGAAAUAACGAUUCUAGACGGAGCAAACAAUAUUGAAACAGUGACUAAAGCGCCCAGUUUUGAACAACCAACAACAAUAAGUGAUGUAAACUCAAUAAAAGAGUCCAGUCCAAAUAUAACUGCAGAGUCAGUGUAUUUAGAUACGACUCAAACCAUUGACACAGUAAAUCUUGCUAUUGUAACCACAAAGCCUGUGGAUGGCCUUUCAGUCAGCAACGUUCAACUAGUCACGAUUCAAGUGCCACCAUUAACACAAAGUUCUGCAGACACCAAAUUUGGUGGAGCAUUACCUAUUGAGACUGACGAGAAUAUUGUCAGUACAGAACUACCAACUACGAUAUAUGAACAGAGUUGGACAGUAGCUGAAAAUAAAGGUAAUGUGAAAGAGAAGAGUAUCAUUAUUCCGGCUAGCAAAUCAAAAAAUGAAGAUAUUAUGACUACAGAAACUAUUUUUGAGUCUACUACAAUCAUUAAAGAUCAAUCAAUUCUGACAAAUACAGAAACUAUAAAAAAUGAUAUCAUAACCGAACAACCAAUAACGACAAAUGAAGAAAACGCGUCAACAGAUAAUAAAGUUAUCACGACUGGACAUUCCGUAAUUUUUGAUAAAACAGUGGAUGAUGUAAGUUCAUCUUCAAACAGUAAUUAUCAUAAAAAUCAAGGUGCGUCCACAAAAGUUCAACUUGUGACAGAUACACUUGUAGAAGAAACCAAGGUGGAUAUAGUAUUCACUACUGGAACAGUUGGUAAUGAUGACGGUACUACAGAAGCAAGUUUAAUAACAGAUACUACCCAAAAUACUGACUCAAACAUUCUUUCAAUUAGCCAAGAUCAUACAGCAACAGAAACUGAAAAUGUUAAAACAAUAACGUCUCAAUCUACUAUCGAAAAUAGUAUUAACAAUGUAAGUUCUUUACCCGCACCUGAGAAUACAGUAUCUGUACCUGAACUGAAUAAUGACAUCGAUUUUGAAACAGCCAAACAAAUUAAUGUUGGGAAAAUAAUAGCAAAAGAACCAGAACUUGUUUCUAAGACUGAACUAGCUAUAGAAGUGACGACAAAUAACAAUUACGCACAAGUAGAACUCGAUAAUGGUAGCCCAAAACAAAAAAGUAAAUCUGAAUCAGACGAUAUUUCUAAACAAAUAUUGAGCGAAAUGAACUUGAAACUUCUACGACAGAACCAAUCUUGGUUAAAGAACCUUAUUUGA